AUGCUUCACCGUACAAAGUAUAACCGUUUUAGGAAUGAUUCAGUGACAUCAUUUGAUGAGCUUAUACACAACUUAUCAAUGAGCGGCAAAGGCACAACUGUUACAACGACAGCAACGACAUCGGAAGGGCCUUCGUGCCCAACCUCAUCAGAGGUACUCCGCAAGGAUCAGGAAGAUGGGCCCACCACACUGUGCACCUUCAUCCAAAAGAUGUCCCAUUUGAAAUUUGCUAAUACAGGCAGCCUGUUAGGCAUCAAAAAUCUGUCCUCUGCAGUAAAAGACCUUGCAGUUUCUAAACUGCAAGGCAGUUCAAGCACUCCUAGUUCAGUUACAGCAGCAGUAGAUAUAUGUAACCCUAUCUCUACCACUCCGUGUUCCCAGCAGGACGUGAACAAGAUGAGCACAGACAAGUGGGCCAAAGUAGAAGACAUUCACCAGGGUGGAGACGACUGGAACCAUAGUGGCAGUUUUGUCAAUAGACCUUCACGAGGGUGGCUGCACUCUAAUGAGAAGAUCUUGGGACCCGGUGUGAUGUAUGUUGUGAAGUACCUGGGCUGUAUAGAGGUUUUACGGUCUAUGCGUUCCCUUGAUUUUAACACAAGGACACAGAUUACAAGAGAAGCUAUCAGUAGAGUGUGUGAAGCGGUACCAGGCACAAAAGGAGCUUUUCGAAAGAGAAAGCCACCAAGUAAAGCAUUGUCUAGUGUACUUGGUAAGAGCAACCUACAGUUUGCUGGAAUGAACAUCACUCUGAAUAUUUCAACCAGCAGCCUCAAUCUAAUGACGCCUGACACUAAGCAGAUUAUAGCAAAUCAUCAUAUGCAGUCCAUUUCCUUUGCAUCUGGUGGUGAUCCGGACACCACAGACUAUGUUGCAUAUGUGGCAAAGGACCCAGUGAAUCGUCGAGCAUGUCAUAUAUUGGAAUGCUGUGACGGGUUGGCUCAAGAUGUUAUCAGUACGAUUGGCCAAGCUUUUGAACUUCGAUUCAAGCAAUAUCUACAGUGUCCUACUAAGAUAUCUAGUAUUCAUAACAGAAUGCCAAAUUUAGAAGAAUCAAUUUGGGGUGGAGAAGAUGAAGAGGUAACAGAGCAUCCUUAUUAUAACAGUAUUCCUGGGAAAAUCCCUCCUUCUGGUGGGUUCAUUGAUGUCCGACUUAGAGAAACUCAUCAGCUAGGGUUGAAUCAGAGUCUGCCUGCACAUUGUUUUGAUAUUAACCAGCCAGUGUUAGCCAUUGGACAAGAUCAAAGCUACUAUCAAGGGCCAGAUCUGGGCGAAAACCACAGUGAAGACCGGAGACAUGCACUCGGCAGAUAUGGAUCCACCACUGAUGUAUGCAUUCGACCGGAGGUGAGACCUUCAUUAUCCAAAGAUGGAGAAGUACCAACAUAUGUGAACACUCAACAUCUAGAUCUCCAGGCUCUAACAACAUUGCAAGUAGAUCUCAACACCAACACAGGAGCCAAUGAAUUAACAAAUAACAGUGAAAACCAAUCAAAAAAAGAUGUCUUUGAUAUGAAACCAUUUGAAGAUGCUUUGAAACUUCAAACAGACGGGCAAUUUUCAAACAAACCUUUAUCUCUUCCAAAUGACAGUCCUCAUUUCUCUAAGACAACCACAGAAACAGUAAAGGAAUGCCUUGAGGAGGAACCAUGGUAUCAUGGAGAAAUGAGCAGAAAGGAUGCAGAACAGCUCCUCACAACUGAUGGUGACUUUCUGGUUAGAAAAAGUACGACCAACCCUGGAUCCUAUGUAUUAACAGGCAUGCAUAAUGGUCAGUCUAAGCAUCUCCUCCUGGUAGACCCGGAAGGAAUUGUUCGGACUAAAGAUCAUAUAUUUGAAAGCAUUAGCCAUCUUAUCUACCAUCACCGUGACAGCAAUUUGCCUAUAGUCUCUGCUGGAAGUGAACUGUGUCUGAAGCAAUCUGUUGAGAGAAAGCAAUGUUUGCCAGAGACAGUUGUGCGAUUUUAA